AUGACAACGCAAUUCCAAUCUUUCCAUAGUUCAACACCAUCGCAAUUCAACGAAAAAGCACCUUCAUUGUCUAAACUGAAAACAAAAAAUCUAAAGAAUGAAUUAGUUAUAAAAUUAGUUGAGCCUACUGUAAUAUUCCGUGGAGAUCCACAAGAAGCUCCCGGUGUUUUUUUAAGAGGUGAUCUGAUUUUAAAUUUAAGUAAACCAACAAAUAUUAAAGGAAUUGAAAUGGAAUUUGUUGGAAAAUCAAAAACUUUUUGGAUUUCAGACGAUGUUAGACAGGAACGGAAUAUUCAUUCUGAAAAACGAGAAAUUAUAUCUCAUAAAUGGCAAUUUAUGACUCCACACGUUAAUGAAUCUUCAAUACAUGAACAUUCACGUCAUAGUAUUCUCGGUAUAAAACAAUUAUCAUCUUCGCCUCAUGAUCAUACAAACAUAACCCCGUCGGGUACAUAUACAUUUCCUUUCGAAAUUUUACUCUCAGGAAACCUUCCAGAGACUAUCAACGCAGACUUAGGAUAUGUGAAAUAUCGAUUAUCUGCACAAGCGCAUCGUCCAGGUUUAUUACCGAAAUUAUCAAAAGAAGUUGAUAUUGAAGUUAUUCGAAUUUUACCCGAUGAUUUCGACUCAGAAGGAAUAGCUUUGUCAAAAGAUUAUGAAGAUAUAUUAAACUAUGAGAUUUCAAUUCCAAAGAAAUCUUAUCCUCUUGGACAAGCCAUUCCGAUAGAAAUUAAACUAAUUCCCUAUAUUAAAAAAUUAAAGAUUCACGGAAUAACUAUUAAGCUUUUAGAGACCACCGCUUACAGUGCUCAAAAUGAAAUUUUCGGGAUCACCAAAGUUUUGGCAACACUUGACAUUGAAAAUCUAGUCCAUGAUAGUCUACUACAAGAUGUAGAUGAAGGCGAUAUAGGAAAUACAAGUUACCAAAGUAAUUUUAAUUUCCAAUUACCUAAUUGUAUUAGUAAAGUUAAUUAUUCUUGCAAUACGCCUUUGAUUAACGUGUCGCAUGUAUUGGAGUUCUCUAUUAUUGUUACUUUACCAAAAAAUGAGACUAGAACAAAACUACGAGUAGAAUGCGACAUUAAUUUGGUUUCAUGUUUAGCUGCUAGUCAAAAUUUUACUUUACCAAAAUAUGAAGAAAGUUUGUUGUUCUGCCCUUGUAAUCCUGAAUAUCAACGAAUUGCAAGAUUAGUAUUAGGUGAUACUGCAAAUGACUGUGGUUGCCAUAGCGACGUAGGUGUAAAUGGGAAUUCUGUAUCAAUGUCGGCAAUGCAUUGUAAUUGUGGUAGCUGUGGAGAUAACUGUAAAUGUUUACCUCCAAAUUAUGAUGAAGCAUAA